GAUACGUUUGGGCUUGGUUUGAAUGUUUCUUUUUUAAACUGGCCGCAUCAUUCGCUCGCUGGCUGUUCGUCCGAUAGCCCUCGCUCUUAUAUUAUUGUUCGAGUAUUGCGUCUUUCGUCUUCUUUCCGGCUUUGCUUUUUCCUCAACUUGGCUCGCCGUUGACCAGGACGGGGCAAUGGAGAAGGGGGGUCUGCGACGGGGCCGUUAGCUGGUGGCCGCUCGACGGCUUGGUGUCUGGUGGCCGCUGAGGGAGGGAGGACCGGGCUGAUGAACCAGGGAUGUGCCAUGCCUCUUGGUUGUGAGCUGGCUUAGGGCAGCGAGCCAACUGGACAGGAAGAAGGGACAAGACCAGACAGGCCCAUGGGAAGGUUGACUCUAUCGGGGACUAUCUCGCACUAGCUAUGGAUUGUCGUCACCAUAAGCGGCAAAGGUGGCUUGCCCGGACACGAGAUUUCAGAUUCCAUCUCCCUCUUCCUCCUGACGGUUCGUAACGAGGUGGAAGCUGGGAAGAAAAAGCAAGCCCUUGGUCGAGGAGUCUCCAGGUGACUGACUGACUGACUGACUGUUAGACAGACAAAGAAGAACGAGGCCAGAGUGAUAUAAGACGAAGAGGAGGCCGAAGGAAAAAGAAAGGAAAAGAGGGACCCGAUAUCAAAAUCCAAACGAUCAUCCUCAGCAUCAUCCUUGACUUUCUGGCUCUCGUUCUCUCUCGUCUCUUCGCACAUUAUCCUUCUCUUCAUCUCUCUUCUCUCUUGAUCCCUGUUGUUAACUUCCUGUUCCCCACACCCUUUUUUUUUUUUUUUUUGAAGUCCACAUUAGACCGAGAGCCUUGCAUAUCAGAACGCAAGUCUGUUAUAUAUAUUUAUAUAUAUUCAAACGCCCCGGGUGUUCGAAGCUGCUGCACCUUGCCUCUUUUCCCUUGCUGAGCUGCUGCUUGCUUUGUUGUCUUUGAAAUAGUGUCUUUCUUUCUUUCGUCUCUCCGGCUGGAGUUGUAGCUCUCGUCGUCCAUCAUGGAAUACCCGUACUUCUCGUCUGCUCCCCAGCAGGCGUAUCCAUAUUACGGCCAGCAGCCGCCUCAAGACCCUUCACAGGACCAGUUUGGAUCGUUGGUGCCAGGACCUGAUCAGCAACAGCAGCAAUUCGGCCCUUCUUUCCAGCAAUUCGAGCAAUAUCAGUUCAGCCAUCCUCCUCUUCAGGGCCAGAUUAACGGUAUACCCUCGGCGCAUUAUCCGAGGCAGUCCGUUGAAGCAGUAACGAGCGGUCCAUCGAUACCCACCGCUCUGGGAAGAGAGAUCAAGCAGGACUCCAUCGAUUCGAAUGCCUUUCUACAGCCCAUCCCCAAUGAGAAUGGGGAGGACGGCCAGCAAGAUCGUGAUCCCCGUAGCAGCAGUGAAGAAAAGGACAGCAAUAUGACUCCUGCCCAGAGUCGCCGGAAAGCCCAGAAUCGAGCUGCCCAGCGAGCCUUCCGUGAACGCAAAGAGAGACGAGUCCGCGACCUCGAGCAAGAAUUGACAGAGUACAAGCAGAACUUCUCCAAUCUGCUCGAAGACAACGAAGUACUCAAACGACAAAUGGCGAAGGUAGCCACUGAAAACGAGAUCCUCCGCGCAACUUCAAAAGUAGCCCACUGCCAUUCUCCUGCCCAUGAGCCCGAGCCCACGACUACGGGACCCAUGAUAUAUUCUCCCAAGGACUACAGCAGCACUGCCAGCACCGUCAGUGGAGGCAGCGGACUGUCCUCUGAACGUGAGAAGCACAGCAAACCAAUCCACCCGAUAAGAGUCUGUGAAAUUACCGGCGAGAGACUGCUAGAUGCGUCCGCUACCUGGGACUUGAUAGUUAGCCACUUGUCGGAUUCGGGCGCCAAACUGGACGUGCAGGACAUAUACGAUCGGUUAAAAGGGCGUGCUCAGUGUGACGGCACAGGCCCAGUCAUCGGAGAGUCACAGGUUAUCAAAGCAAUACAAGAUAGUAUUGCUGCUGGCAACGACGAGCUGAUCUAG